UCGCGGCGCGGAAGUCGGAUUAGGGCUGUUGCUUUUCUUAAUGGAGAAUGCAGUAUUUUAGUGAGAGAAUGGAUAGGGCUUCUAGAGAUAGAUUUUAGAGAGAGAGAGGUCACUGUAAUUGUAUAUUAGGAUGUGAUGAAGAAGCUCACUUUCUAAUUCCAGGGUUCUGUAUCUUCUCUUUCCAUUGGGGUAGCAGAAAACAGAGACUGAUGCGGGAGAUAUAGGUAUACAGAAGGGAAAUUAGGCAGCAUGCAACCGGAGCCCCAACAUGUGAAUGGAAUAGAACAUGUGUCACACCCAGAAAACGCUUCAGUUGUUGGUCCACAGCCUUGGUGGCGUGGUGGUGUCAGUUAUAAUGCUAUACAGGGUGGUUUAUCAGAAAACCCAGCAAAAUCAUCUGCUAUGGAGCAAAUUGAAUUUCAAUUGCACUCCAAGGAUUCUGUCACGCAUGGCGUUGGCCAUCCUCUAGCAGAUAAUUUGGAUGGGGGCACUGGUAUUACUAAAGAUAUGCAGAUGAUGGCUACAAAACCUGGGCCAGAUGGAAGCUAUGGACAUGAUCCUCAGCAUUUGCAGCAUGUCACAAAUGUGAUACCUCCUGUGGUGGCUGAAUACCUUGUGCCACAUACCCAGUUAGAACUUGGUCCCUCAAUAGCACGGGCACCAUAUCCUUAUUCUGAUCCUUACUAUGGAGGCAUUAUGACUGCCUAUGGAACCCAGGCUUUGGUUCAUCCUCAUUUACUGGGUUUGCACCAAAGUCGGAUGCCUCUGCCCCUCGAGAUGACUGAAGAGCCUGUAUAUGUUAACGCCAAGCAGUACCAUGGGAUUCUAAGGCGAAGACAGUCACGUGCCAAGGCAGAGUUGGAGAAGAAGCUGAUAAAAGUUAGAAAGCCAUACCUGCAUGAGUCCCGACACCAACACGCCAUGAGGAGAGCAAGGGGAUGUGGAGGCCGCUUCCUCAAUACAAAGAAAGGGAAUUCGAAUGCAACAAAUCCCGAAACCUCAAACAAAGGUACAACCCCUCCAACCCACUCAUCCAACUCUUCUGGCUCUGAGCCAUUGCCAUGUGAUGGUCAUAGCACAAGCCCCUCAAAUGGGAUAAAAUUCAAGGAUUCGAUGAUGCAUGAGGAACAUGAUGGUCACAUGUAUGCCAAUGGCAAUGCCAAUGCCAAUGGAUGUUAUCAGCAUCCCGGGUUCCACUUAUCGGCCUUCCAUUCACUAUCGAGUGAGAGAGGGCAGGAAGGCGAUUGUGGGGGUAUCAUGCUCUCCGGCCGGGCCCCUCACCGCGCCCUUACCAUCCAGUGAGCUCUCUCUCUAGCCUUUUAUGGUCUGCCACUUCAAUUGUGGUCAUGCCGGAUUCCUAUUCUCUCUCUCACCCACUGUGGAAGGAGCAAGCUUCGCGGUGAAGCUCAGGGCAUGGAAUCAUAUCAGGCGCUGGAGGUGUCAAGGCACCUUUUAACUGGGAAGGGGAGCUUAUCUAAGGCAAUUCAUUCUUGGCUUCGUUUUAGAGUUUUCGGAGGUGAAAGAGAAGGGAGAAUGGAAAGAAAUUUGAACCUAAUUUAAGACGAGUGGGUUUAAGCUCCAUUUUGUAAAAAAGAAAGGAAUGUGAAGGGGACGGGCUGAGCUUGUUCCUUGUUUGGUUUUUUUUUUUCUUUUUCUGUUGCCUUCCUUUUGUUUCUCUUUUUCCUGGUGAUAGAAGAAAGGUUAGGGUUGUUUGUAGGUAACUGAAUUAUCUUGGUGAAGGCAUCAUUCGAAAAGUUUGAGCUUCUUUAGUUUC